AUCCAUAUUUCCCGGCACUUUGUUGUGCAGACUCAGAGGUUGUAUUUGGGAUAAGAACAUCCAGCAGGCUGGCGGACUUAAAGGAGAAGAGGCGUCCAGGACCAGGUGAUGCUGGUGAUGACGAUGAUGGCGAGGAAGAAGAGGAAUACACUGUGGAGAAAGUUGUAGAUGUCAGAAUGAAAUCUGGCAAGAGAGAGUACCUCCUCAAAUGGAAAGGAUAUCCAGAUUCUGAAAACACUUGGGAACCAGAAGAAAAUCUUGACUGUCCAGACUUAAUAGCAGAUUAUGAAGACAAAAGAAAGAAGAGGGAACAAGAAAAAAAGAGAAAAACAGCUAAUGGAAUGGAAGACGGAACAACAAAGAAGAAGAAAAAAGUUACUGAAGUAAAAACAACCGAAGAAGACAACAAACCCAGAGGAUUUGACCGGGGACUGCAGCCAGAACGGAUUAUUGGUGCUACAGAUAGUAGUGGGGAAUUAAUGUUUUUAAUGAAAUGGAAAGACAGUGAUGAAGCUGACUUAGUACCUGCAAGACAAGCAAAUGUUAAAUGUCCGCAGAUUGUUAUUGCAUUUUAUGAAGAGAGGCUCACCUGGCACACACACAAUGAUAAUGAGGAAGACGAGAGUAAAGAAGAAAGUGCAAAAUCAUAAACUUUGGGUGAUUAGGG